GUGGGGACCAUCGUCGCCUUUGACCCCCAGACCGGCCGCUACCACGUGCAGUUCGCAGACGGCGCCGUGAGGGCAAUUCGCCCGCCGCAUGUGGUGGCCCGAAGCUUUGCAUCCCAGGACGAGGAGUACGGAAAGUGGACCGCUCCAGCGCCGGAGCCGGGUUAUGUCGACGAGCCCGAGCCUCCUGAAGAG